GACUUUAUUUGGUUACGGGAUGCCAAUACACGUGACUGAGAGCGCCGCUGUUCGGGGCGGCGCGUAGGAAACUGCUGCUGCUGCUGACAGGGACCUUUCCGUUGCGGGCCCCCCGGCUCAGAUGUAGGUGAGCUAUAUGUGUAACGAUAUAAGAGGCCGUGUCUUUCUUUUGCCGGCGGCGGCAUGAACCGUUCGGGAUAUCAGUCGCCGCUCAGUCCGGAAAUAAAUGGCGAGAGUGUCUGGGAGCCUGGAGGGUACUACGAGGAGGAAGAAGAGGAGGAGGACGGGGAGUCGGAGGACAUAGACCGUGUUUGGAGCGGAGAGGGCCAGGUUCGGCCUCGCCAUCGCCACCAUCACCACGGCUCUCACCAGCACCCUCCGCACGUUUGCCGGCAUUGUAAAGCCAUGUCUCCGCCAGGUAAGAAGCGCCUGGAACUGGAGCUGCACCUCAGCAACUUCGCUCCGGAGUCGGGCUUGGCCGGCGGCUCCCCUUCAGAAGGGGAGGAUGGGGAGUUGCCCGACAGCGACGCGUCCAUACGGCUGCCCGAAAGGAAACGGACAAGGUCCAGUAGCUCAAGGCCCCGCGUUGAAGUAGUUACGGAGCUGAGCCCGGAGGAGGUGCGCUGGUUCUACAAGGAGGACAAGAAGACAUGGAAACCCUUCAUUGGCUACGACUCCCUGCGCAUCGAGUUGGCCUAUCGCAAGCUAUGGGAGCUCACUGCGGCCGCGGCAAAGGACCAAAGCGGAGAGGAGGAAGAACUGGACGUAGUGACUAUCGGCGACUUUGUGAAGGUCGAGCCGGUGUGUGUCAGGAGCGGCCUUUAUGAAGUGGAUGUGAAUGAGGGAGAGUGUUACCCUGUCUACUGGAACCAGACAGAUAAAAUCCCUGUGAUGCGAGGCCAGUGGUUUAUCGAUGGAACAUGGCAACCCCUAGAUGAAGAAGAAAGCAAUUUGAUUGAACAGGAUCAUCUUACUUGUUUUAGGGGUCAGCAGAUGCAGGACAACUUAGAUACAGAAAUCACCAAACCUGUAGACGACAAGGAUGUUAUCUCCCACCUUCCUCCCUUCUCCCUCCCUUUUCUAUUCAAAUGGAGUGGAUAUAAGGAGAACACUAAGGCCCCAUGUGCUAAGAGAAAGCGUUGUGAAGCUAGUCAUAGUCUAAAGUUAAGCCGGAGCCACGUUGAUUGGCAUAAUGUGGAUGAAGUAUAUCUUUAUAGUGAUGCAACAACUUCCAAAAUAGCAAGGACUGUCACACAGAAGCUUGGGUUUUCAAAAGCUUCAAGUAGUGGAACAAGGCUUCAUAGAGGAUAUGUUGAAGAAGCUAGCUAUGAAGACAAACCUGUGGAUAUUACUCAUAUUGUCUUUGUUGUCCAUGGAAUUGGCCAGAAAAUGGACCAAGGAAGAAUUAUUAAAAAUACAGCUACGAUGAGAGACACAGCAAGGAGAAUUGAAGAAAAGCACUUUCCACACUUUGUAACAGAUCACGUAGAAUUCCUUCCUGUUGAGUGGCGGUCGAAACUUACACUUGAUGGAGAUACUGUAGAUUCGAUUACACCAGAUAAAGUGCGUGGCAUAAGGGACAUGUUGAACAGUAGUGCAAUGGAUAUUAUGUACUAUACUAGUCCUCUGUACAGAGAUGAGUUGGUAAAAGGUCUUCAGCAGGAGCUAAAUCGUCUCUAUACACUGUUUUGCUCCCGAAAUCCUGAAUUUGAAGAGAAAGGAGGAAAGGUCUCAAUUGUUUCCCAUUCUUUGGGAUGUGUUAUAACAUAUGAUAUCAUGACUGGGUGGAAUCCUGGACAGCUUUAUGAACAACAGGAAGAUGAUGAUGCCGACGUUCAAGGGAUUAGUUAUGAAGAGGAGCACCUCCUUCGAGAGCUUUACUUGACCAAACAACGUUUAAAAGAACUGGAAGUUAGAUUACAUGAAGUUCGAGCAUCAUUGUCUAAUGCACCUGCCUUGAAAUUUAAGGUUGAGAAUUUCUUUUGUAUGGGGUCUCCAUUAGCAGUGUUUUUGGCUUUGCGUGGCAUCCGACCAGGAAACCGUGGAACUCAAGAUCACAUUUUGCCUAAAGCUAUUUGUAACCGUUUGUUCAAUAUUUUCCACCCUGCAGAUCCAGUGGCCUAUAGACUUGAACCCUUAAUAUUAAAGCACUACAACAAUAUUUCACCUGUUCAGAUCCACUCUUCUAACACAACAAAUCCUUUACCUUACAAGAAUAUAAAACCAUGUUUUAUCAAUCCAUCUAAGGACACUACCUCAAUGUCUGAUACUGAAAGCAUACCAAGUCCAAGUACUUCACCAGUACUGCCUCGUCGACAUUAUGGGGAAUCCAUAACAAAUAUAGGCAAAGCAAGUAUAUUAGGUGCUGCUAGCAUUGGAAAGGGUCUUGGAGGAAUGCUAUUUUCAAGAUUUGCACGUUCUAGUGCAACCGGCACUCCAGGCUGUGAUUCUAAAGAUUCAGCAGAAGGGGAAGAUAAGAAAUCUGUUUUAAGCCAGAGUUCUACUGGCUCCCAGGCUCUUCCUCACAGCAUGUCUGGCUUACUGGACUCCACAUUGGAGUUAGAACAUCGGAUCGAUUUUGAGCUCAGAGAAGGUCUGGUUGAAAGCAGGUACUGGUCAGCCAUGACUUCCCACACUGCUUACUGGUCAUCCAUGGAUGUGGCACUUUUCCUUCUGACAUUUUUAUAUAAAGAAGGCCAAGUAGAAGAUGAAGAGAAGCAAGGUGUCGAUGCACUUUAGCAGUUACAGUUUUAACAAAUGCAGACUGUUCAAGGCAUGAUGUUUUGACUUAAGGAACAUGUCUGAACAGUUUGUAACUGCAGGACAGCACUAAUUAUUAAAUUAACUUUUCAAUUCCACAGACCCAGCUGUAAUUAUUUCACUAACCAUUCCCUGAAAACUGUAAUACCAAGGUAGGAAUAUAAAUAAGAUAGCAAGGAAGAAUUCUUUGAUUUCAGUGCAUUCUUUGAUUUCAAUGGAUAAAUGUAGGGAUGUAUAUGAAUGUGCCUAGUUUCAUAACCUCUCAUUUAUUAAAAAAAAAAAACUGCAAAGAAAUCAGUUUUCUUGCUACUUUAAAGGGAUACUAUUAGCAUGGUUUAUUUGUUGAUGCUCUAUGUAAACCACAUAGUUGUAUCCUUUUUUAAUUUUACAGUGUUUUGUUAAAUGUUAUCACAGCUGUUUAAAAGGGCGGCUAUACCUUCAUUUUCCAGUGUUCCCUAAGAAUUUUUUUUAAAGGAACAGUAACACCAACAAAUGAAAGUGUAUUGUGUGCUAUUACUCUGCACUGGCAAAAGUUAUGUGCUUGCUUCAGAAGCCCUACUAUAGUUUAUAUAAACAAAGUUGCCAUGUAGCCAUGGGGAAACUUCAAAUUGAAAAAAGGAGACAAGGCACAGGUUAAAUAGUAAAUAACAGAUAAGCUGUGUAGAUUCCCAUUUUAUUUUUUACAGAACUUUUUUUUUUAUUUAACCUGUAACCAUUGUAACCUGUGCCGUUUUUUCCAGCUUGCAUGGCUGCCCCCAUGGCUAUACAGCAGCUUAUUUAUAUAAAUUAUGGUUUUCUGAAACAAACACACAACUUUUACCAGUGCAGGGAAACAUUUACAUUGUAUUUUUGAAUUACUUUAAGAUAAAUAUUAGCAGUGGAAUGUAUACUUUAUUUUUGCUUUACAUCCUCAAGCAUUUGUAGGAUAUUUUAGGCAUAGUAUCUAAAGGUGGCCAUUUGCAGGAAGAUUCGCUCAUUUGGUGAGGUCGCCAAAUAAGCGGAUCUUAUCCGAAAUGGCCCCUAAAAGGUGGGCAAUAUCGGGCUAAUUCGAUCAUUUGGCCCUAGGGCCAAACGGUCGAAUUACAACGGCAGUGAGAUCUGGCAUGUGGGCCAUCGGACCGAGGACCGCAUCAACGAGCAGAUGUGGUCCCUGAUGGAAAAUCAAACCUGCUCCAAUUUUAGACCAGAUAUUGGUCUGGUAGGCCCAUCGCUGGUGCCCAUGCACAGGCAGAUAAGCUGCUGAAUUGGUCUCGGGGACCAGAAUCUGCCCAUGUAUGGCCUCUAGUCUUGCUUAGGCGUCCAUUGUAUCUCUGGCAGGCCAGCCACAUGCUUCCUUAUUACCUGUCAUAAUAGACUUCCAUUUGUUUCUCAUUAGGAAAUCAGAAGUGCCUGAGAAUGCCUAUCAAUCUAGUAAUGUCGCAUGACUUUAUUGGGGAUGCCUUCAGCUGAUCAGUGCCAUAAAAAGCACUCUUCAUUACAGAGACUACGUCCUAGAUUUUCUCCUUAGCUUGUUAAGGGAAAUACAGUAAAUCUGUACCAGCACAAACAUUUUCCUGCAGUUAGUUCAGGUAUUGGCUCCAUUAUCUAUUAUUCUUGGAACCUGGGGUAUUCGGGAAAAGGGAUCAACAUACCUCAAGUCUACCAAAAUCAUAUAAACAUUAAAUAAACCCAAUAGGAGUGUUUUGCCAGCAAUAUGGAUUUGCUAAAAAUGGACUCUAUGGGAGAGAUAGCCUUGCCAUCAGUUGCUCUGGAAACUUUGAGGGUAUAGUGGCCCUUUAAGCAGGCUGUUACUAGGUGUCACACUAACUUUUUUUCAUUUUGUCUUUCCUGCUUAAUUACAUUCUGGUGACAUAUUACUGUUAAAUCCUUGAUAUCCGUGGGGUCUAACUAAAGACUCCAGGCUAGUUGCAGACCCCCGCCCCGCCCCACCCCACCCCACCCCACCCCAGGUGAUUUUUAGGACUCCAUGCUGCUGAAGGGCUUCAAAGGCUUAUUUGUACAAGAUUGAUAUUUUACAAUAACCUAGCGCUCAAACAGAAGAAGUUGGAUUGCACUGAUUUUCUUACCUUGUGUUCUCAUUACCUACUGUAACUGUAGAGUAUAUUUUUUAAAAAGUGUUUAAAGGCUAAGGUACCCUUUACCUUAAUAAUUUAAAAAAUGUAAUAGUGUCCCUUUAAUCCCCACACAAUAGCAUUCUAAACAGACCUUAAUGAAUGGCUUUGUUAAUUUGUAUGUAUUUUGUGUAUACUGGAUGUGUGCUGGAGCUAUAAUUAUUUGUUCUUUUGGAACAUGGAGCACCAGAGUCACGGCUGUCUAUGUUGCAUGGUGGCAAAGGUUAUAUAGAAAGAUGUGAUUUAUGUAAUGUUGCAAUCUAAUUAAACAUAGAAAGCUGCAGAUCUUAAAUGAAACUUUAAAAAUAUUUAUAGUUUUAUAUUAACUCUCAUGUUUCUAUUUAAUUUCUCUUGUUUGAGACAUAAUAUUUCUAUGUUUUUCUUUUUGCCUAAAGAAAUAACAUUACUUUUCUACUUUUUUGCAUCCUCUUCCCAGAAACCAUAUUUGUACUAAAAUAACUCUGGAAACGGUGACACUCUUGGUAAUGUUUUCAUUAUGAAAAAAUAAAUAUUUUUGGUUUCACA